CUUCUUCUUCUUGCCCUUUGCUUCACCACAUCUCUCUCUCUAGCAACUGUGUUUGCCUUCUUUGUCUUCCUUUGACGACCCACUUUUGCAGAUUCUCAAGGAUUCUUCAAAAUUUUAAGUCUUCUCUCUUUACUAGAUUCUUCAAUUUGUGCUCAAAAUUUCUCACCAAAUCUGAUUCUUUGAUUCCACCACUAUAUACUAUUCGUUAUUUCCUCUCUUUUUCCUCUUCUUGAUUCCUAUUUAUCAUUAGAAUCCUAUAAAAAUAACGUUCAGUCUUUCAACUAAACCCGCACAUAUCAAAGGAGACUAAUAAUAUUAAACAUAUGGAGACUCUGCAUCCACUACUCUCUCACGUGCCCACUUCUGACCACCGCUUCGUUGUUCAAGAGAUGAUGUGUUUGCAAAGCUCUAGCUGGACUAAAGAAGAGAACAAGAAGUUCGAGAGAGCCCUCGCUAUAUACCCUGAUGACACUCCUGACCGUUGGUUCAACGUUGCUGCCAUGAUCCCUGGUAAAACCAUCUAUGAUGUCAUGAAACAAUACUCUAAGCUCGAAGAAGACCUCUUUGAUAUCGAAGCAGGGCUUAUCCCCAUCCCUGGUUACCCCUCAGCUGGAUUCGAUCAGCUAGUGAGUCCCCAUGAUUUGUAUCGUAAACGUCCUAAUGGAGGAGCUAGAGGGUUUGAUCAAGAUCGCAGGAAAGGAGUUCCGUGGACAGAGGAAGAACAUAGACGAUUCUUGUUAGGCCUUCUCAAGUAUGGAAAAGGAGAUUGGAGAAACAUAUCAAGGAACUUUGUGGGAUCGAAAACGCCUACUCAGGUCGCAAGCCAUGCUCAAAAAUACUAUCAGAGACAGCUCUCUGGUGCUAAAGACAAACGCAGACCUAGCAUUCACGACAUCACCACUGUCAAUCUUCUCAACAACAAUCUCAACUGUCCAUCUUCUGAUCAUGACCGCUUCAUUCAACAACCAGAUGAGUCAAAACUAGGGUUCACCGACAGGGAUAAUGCAGAGGAGGGAGUGAUGUUUCUAGGUCAGAAUCUUUCCUCAGUCUUGUCUCCCUACGAACCUGCUUUUAAGUUCACGGGAACAAAUAUUUAUGGCGAUGGAGCUUACGGUCUCGCAAGAUCCUGAAACUCAGGGAUAAUAGGUUGGAUUCUGAAAAUUGUAAUUGUGACGAAAAUCCCUACCAGUUAUGUUUUAUGUUUGAACUUAAAACGUUUAUGUUACAUGAUUAGAUGAAUGUGACUAUGUGGAUAUAUGCAUGUUUUGUGUUUAUCAAAAUAUGGAAUAAAUAUAGAUUAGCUAGUACAACCAUAUGUCUUUUUGCCAAAACGAUAACUAAUGGUGAAAAGGACCUAUUGGUU